AUGACGCUCUCGAAAGGAUGGACCGACGCCGUGACGAUCCCGUCGAAGCACUUCGCAGAUGGACUCAUCUUCGGCGAGAGUCCACGCUACAAGAACGGAACACUAUAUGUCAGCGACAUGCUCAAGCGAUGCGUCUACAACGUCGACCAAGAUGGCUACCGAAAGACGCUGAUCGAGAGCCCGCACAGCAUGAACGGCAGCGGCUUCCUCCCAGAUGGCACUUUCGUGUACUCGUCCUUCUUCGAGCAGAAACUGUACACCCACAAGGAUGGCACUAGCUCGCUGUAUGCAGAUGUCUCGCAUCUCAUGACUGGCUACUGUGGGGAUAUGGAGAUCGACCAUGAGGGUUACAUCUAUUUGGACGACAUUGGGUGUCAGCCCUGGCAUGGAGAUUUGACAUCUCUCGGACGACUCAUUGUAGUGAAGCCUGAUCGGACCUCCUACGUCGCUGCAGAAGACAUCCAUUUCAGCAACGGACUCGUCCUCGACAGGAAACGAACCACUCUCUACAUUGCGGAGUCAUCCUCGAAAUACCUGACUGCGUUCGACGUUCCAUCUCCCGGUCGUCUGGAGAAUCGCAGAACGGUGUUCAAAUCCGACGACCCCAAAAGCGAUGAUGAUGCCAUUGACGGCAUCUGCAUCGAUAGCGAAGAUGGCAUCUGGUUUUGCUUUAUCCACCAGGGUGUUGUCGUGCGUCGAUCUGCAGAAGGACGGUUUACCCACAUUGUGCGGACUGGGGAUAUGCCCACGGCAUGUACGCUUGGAGGAGAUGAUGGGCGUACGCUUUACAUUGUGGUCAAUGCAAAGCCUGAUGGGUCGGAAUUGUUUGCAGCGAUGGGGGAGAAGUUGACUCAUGGAGUUGUUCAGACCGCCGUGGCACCGUUCCCUCGUCAAGGGGGAGCGUAA